CCCGCAGUCUGCGCUGGGAGCAGGAAGCAUGCACGCGGGCGGAGAGCUGGGCGCCGCGGCGGGCGGCUCGCUGCUGCUGUGCGCCGCGCUGCUGGCGGUGGGCUGCGCGCUGGGCCUGCGCCUGGGCCGGGGGCGGGGGGCGGCGGACCGCGCGUUGCUCGCUUGGCUCUGCUUCAACGCCCUGGUGCAUUUCGCGCUGGAAGGCCCUUACGUCUACUUGUCUAUGGUGGGAAGCAUCACAGACUCAGAUGCCUUGAUCGCUUCCUUGUGGAAAGAAUAUGGCAAAGCUGAUGCAAGAUGGCUUUAUUUUGAUCCAACCAUCGUGUCUGUGGAAAUUCUGACCGUCGUCCUGGGUGGAUCUCUGGCACUGGUCCUCGUUUAUGCCAUCAUCAAAGAGAAACAUUAUCGGCAUUUCGUACAGAUUACCCUGUGCGUGUGUGAAUUGUAUGGCGGGUGGAUGACCUUCUGCCCAGACUGGCUUAUGGGAAGCCCCAACCUCAACACCAACAGUUGGCUCUACUUUUGGGUCUAUCUGGUAUUUUUCAAUGGUGUUUGGGUUCUGAUCCCAGGACUGUUACUGUGGCAGUCAUGGGUAGAACUCAAGAAAAUGCAUCACAGAGGAUCUAAUUCACGCAAAAAGUUUCAGUGAAUUUUCAAAGUCAUAAACACUGUCAGCUUGCUUUAUGAGAAUGAAUCCUUUUUGUUGGGCCAAAAUGUAAUGCAUUCCAGUCUGUGCUUUUCUUUUUUUAUUGUCAUUUUUGAACAACCUAAUUGAUUUCAGUGGAAUCAAUUUCAAAUGGACUGUAAGGUUGACGAGUUUUUGCUGUUGUUGUUUUUUCCAAUUAAGUGGCAAUACAGGGAACAGAAUAAAUUUUAAACAGAAUAAAGCACAUUUAAUUAUAUCCUUUUAUGACUAACAUUAAUUUUUCUACAUUAAUAAAGCCAAUUAUCAUGAAAUAC